CAAACACUCCCGAGUUCAAUAGAUUCGGUAUAACGUUCUCUUAUGCCUGUUAAAUGUAUAACUUGUAAAUAUAUGGCUUCUGUAAUUGCAAAUAUAAUAUAGAAUUUGAUUAUCGCACGACAAAUAAUUUUGUUUCCUGCACAAAAAAUUGGCUCUUUUUUUCACUACCAACAAGAAUUAGACAAAACUCGAAAAUGAAAAAAAAAAUUUCGAUACGAUAUAUUGUUGAUUGUUAGUAAGUCGUUAGAAGCAUUUCCAAUCCCAAAUAUGAAUACACAGGAGCUUUUCAACUUGGUGAAGAAUUCCAAGUUGGCACAAGUUGCUUCUCCACUUCUGAAAAAUAUAAGAAACGGGUCAAAACAUAAACCAACUCAUCAAAUCAUUUAUACUCCAAAGACCAAUGCCAUUAGAUCAGAUUAUGGUCUUAAAACAACUUUACCAAAACAAAUUGGUUAUUCACACAUAUCAUUCAAUGACAUAGAUAACUUCAAGAAUAUGCCAGAUGUCGAAAAGAACUCUGGUAAAUUAUAUAAUAGACUCAAGUUUCAAGAACUUGGAGUUCCAUUAAAUUAUAACUAUACUUCAUCAAAUCCAUUAUUCCCAACUGAAAAUAACCAAUCAAACUCAAAAUCUAAAAAGGAUAACAUAUUCAAUAACUUGAACUUGAAAGAUAACGCCUCUGCUGAUGAAGUUAUUUCCUUAUUGAAAGAAAACAAAAAUUUACAUCGUCAUUAUCAAAAAUGGUUAAUCAAGAACUAUCCUCAAGCUCUUAUAUCAAACAUCACUCAAAGUACUGCCAAAGAAUUAUUAAGUCAAUUCUUACACUCAUCUCAAGAUGUUAUUAGAAGAGAAUUACAAUUGCAAGAUUUAUCAAAGAAGAAUGGUUCUUCGCGUAGUGCCAUUUCAACUCAAAUCCAAGGUUCAGGUGGGUUUUCUUAUAACCAAAGAGGAAGAUUAACCAACACUCCAAAUGGUGUCAGAUAUGGAGCUGUUGCUCCAGGAAGAAUCGUCAAUACCAAAGAAGCUGCAAUUGGUGGUUUUGUUGCCAGUGUUAAUGAACGUACUACCAAUUUACAAUAUAAUUUCGUUUCUAACGCUCCAGGUAAACACGCUAGACAAUUCGUCAUGCCAUUCAAGAUUAAUGCUGUUGAAUUAAAUGAAAAUGGUUCAGUGAAAGUGUUGGCAGAUGGUGUUAAGACUGGUUCUUGGAUGCAUAAUAAGAUUGGAUUCGAUUCUCAAAAUAAUAAUAGAUACAAAGCAACUAAUCCAAACUUUGAGAAUGCGUCCGCUAGAAGUAAACAAGAUAAUGAUAUGUUAACUACAUUAUUGAAUAUUGUUUUCUAAUUGUAUAAAAAAUAAUUAUAAGUCCCUUGUAUAUAUACAC